AUGUUGGAAAAGCUUACUUCUGAUCAAUUAACUCAUCGAGAAACUACCAGUGGUAAUACGCUGUUGCACAUAGCAUGUGAAUAUGGUCAUAGCGAUAUUGUACAGCAAUUACUUGAACAUGAUUGUGACCGUUUAACAAUAAAUUCAAAACAGUUAACACCAUAUGAACAAGCUGCAAAUGAUGGUAUUCAUAAAUGGAUUAAUGGUUUUGCAGAUGUUAAAAAGACAAAAGAGUCACAAUUUAUGAACGGAAUUUCGAAUGGUGCACAUUUAAAUAAAACAUUGUUACGCCUGCUAACAGAUACUGAAAAUUAUACAAAAUUGAAAGAAUUAAUUGACACAAAUAUCCCCUCUACAAACUCGAACUGGUCAAGCGGUAACCGUUUAUUAAAUACAUUUCUGAAAUCAAGACAUAUUGAUUCUCUA